CACUCCAAACAUUGUUCCUUCAAUUCAGCAGAAUUACAUUCUGAUUGGAGUCACUUUCCUCUAAUCAAGCUUCAUCUUAUCAUCUUUUGUUUCAAAAUAACACAUCGAUCCGAUAUAAAAUCAAUUUAAAAUAUAUAACUGAAUUCAAAUUUUACCUUACAGAUGGAUUUUCUUGUGUUGAGUUAAGACCUAAAGUCGAAUAUUUUUAUCAAACAUCUUUUACAAUUCCAAUUUCUCAAAGAUUUGUCUUUCUCCUUUGUUUCUAUUCUCCAACAGUAAUAGACAAAAUCUUCUCUGAUCUUUCCAACUUACACAGAAUCUUUCUACUCCAUCAAACUUGAAUAAAUGUUGAUGACACUCCCUUUCUUUUUGUAUCCCUCUAAAUCUGAAACACUGAAAAAAAAGUGUUCUUUCUGAACUUCUGAAUCAAAAUCAACCACAUAUUUUCAUUCCUUAAAGCCAUUUUGUUUUUCUGUUCGCUCCGAUUCUGUUUGUGUGUUGUCAUGUGCUCAGAAACAAGUUCACCUCGUCUCUCUUUCUCUCAUGAUCUCUCUGAAGAACUACAAGUUUCACCAAUGAAACAAGAUGUUACAUUGUUGCAUGACUCAAAUUCUGAUUUUGAGUUCAACACCAGCAGCACCAGCCUCGGGUUUGAAUCAUCUUCAGCAGAUGAACUUUUCUCCAAUGGGGUGAUCCUUCCAAUUCAGAUGCAAGACAAAACCACUGCAAGAAAACUAACUCAUCAUUUGGAACAUCCUCAACAACAUCCUCACACAACAAAACUCCCUCCUCGUCCAUGUUCCUCAGGUGUUGACAAAGUGAAGAAAGAAACCAUCAGAGAACUCCUGGAUGUGACUCCUGAGCAUGAGAAGAAGCCUCAUUCAAAGUCUUUCUGGGGAUUCAACAGAAGUAAGAGUCUGAAUCGUGAUACGAAGAAGAACAUGACAUGUUCUAUAUCUCUUUUGUCAAGAAGCAACUCAACAGGUUCAGUGCCAAAUCCAAAGAGGGUGAGUUCAAACAAGCAUGCUUCUGCAGCUAAAUCAUCAUCAUCAUCAUCAUCAUCAUCAUCAUCAUCAUCAUCAUCAUCAUCGUAUUCAUAUUCUUCCUUAAAUAUGCAUCCUAUGCAAAAAUCUCCUUCAGGUAAGGGUUAUGGAGGAUAUUAUCCCAACGGGCUUAGGAUUAACCCUGUGUUGAAUGUACCAACUCCUUGUGUUUCAAAGGGAAGUGCAAAUCUCUUCAGUUUGGGUUCAUUUUUACGCGUUGGGAAGGUUAAGAAGAGUAAGAAGUGAUUUGUUCUUGUGUUUUCAUCCUAAUCAUCGUCAUCAUGUCUUGAAAUCAUCUUGGUUUAUUUUAUUAUCAUAGUCAUUGUUUGCUAUGAUCAGACAAAGAAAGUGAGAGUUAAUAAAAGGCUAAUUACUGAA